AUGUUCCAGCUGCUGCUGCUGGCCGCCGUGGUGCUCGGAGGUUACGUGUUCCUCACGAAGACGCUCUUCAGAAGAUCCAAAUGUCACGGCAACGCAGCGGUGGCCGGGAAGACUGUCAUCAUCACAGGAGGGAACACCGGCAUCGGUAAAGCCACGGCGUUGCACCUGGCCAGGAAGGGCGCCCGAGUCAUCCUCGCCUGCAGAAACCGGACCAAAGCCGAGACCGCCAUCGCAGAUAUCAAACAGGAAACAGGAAGUACCGAAGUGCUGUACAUGCAGCUGGACCUGGCCAGUCUGAAGUCGGUCCGCUGCUUCGCAUCAACGUUCCUGAAAACUGAGUCCAGGCUGGAUCUGCUCAUCAACAACGCCGGUCUGGUGGCCGACGGGCGGACAGAAGAUGGUUUCGGCAUUGAGUUCGGGGUGAACCACCUGGGUCACUUCCUGUUGACGUAUCUGCUGCUGGAGCGUCUGAAGGAGGACGGAGGAGGACGAGUCGUCACGCUGUCCUCCAUGGCUUACCGCUGGGGACACAUCGACCUGGAGGCUCUGGCGGUGAACAAACACCUGGGCACCGGCAGGUACAGCUGGCAGUUCUUCCAGGCGUACUGCAACAGCAAGCUGUGUAACAUGCUCUUCACCCACCAGCUCGCCAAGAGGCUGAAAGGAUCCAAAGUCACCUGUUACAGUGUCCACCCAGGUGUGGUUCGGACCGAGCUGUCCCGUAACGUCAGCCUGUGGCAGAAGGUCUUCAUCGAGCCCAUUGCGCGGCUGCUAUUCCUGGACCCGGAGGCGGGUGCCCAGACCACUCUGCACUGCGCCCUGCAGGAGGGAAUCGAACCCCUGAGCGGACGUUACUUCUCCUGCUGCGCCGCGCAGGAAGUGUGCACCUGGGCUCGAGACGACACCAUGGCCCGGAAACUGUGGGACGUCAGCGAGAAGCUCUGUGGACUCUCCUAA